AUGGCCAGCGGAGCCGGUUCAGUGGCCGCUUCCGCGGCGGGCCCGGCACAGGCCUUCGUCGCUUCACCCAUCCGCGUUCCAGCGGCUCCCGCCCAGAGGUCAGGAGCCUCCCAAGCUUCCUCGAGCUCUUCUUCCGCCAGCUCUGGGACCGGCCUCUCCACGGCCAUGUUCGCCCUGGGCACGGCGGGUGCCGUCGCCGCCCGCAGCCGUGCCCGAAACGGCGCAGCACCCGCGGCCCUCCGAAAGCUCCUCCGUGCCAGCGCCAAGGGCACCAAGCUCUCAGUCCAGCCGAGCGGUGUGUCGCUCUGCGCCGAGGGCCGGGGCUUCAGCGCUGUGGCCAGGCAGGCGCUGGCCGAGGCACCCGUCAAAACCGGUACCAGCUACGAGGUGGGCCAGAAGCUCCAUGGAUGGACUUGCGUCCGCUCUGAGUAUGUCAAGGAGUUCAGCUGCAGUGGCUACCUGUUCAAGCACGAUAAGACGGGUGCUGAGCUGAUGUCCAUGGUGCAGCCCGCGGAUGAGAACAAGACCUUCAGCGUGGUUUUCCGCACGCCUCCGGAGAAUUCGAACGGUAUCGCUCAUGUCCUCGAGCACUCGGUGCUUUGUGGCAGCCGCAAGUACCCACUGAAGGAGCCCUUCGUGGAACUCAUGAAGUCAAGCCUCCAGACCUUCCUGAACGCCAUGACCUUCCCAGACCGAACCUGCUACCCAGUGGCCAGCUGCAAUCUCAAGGACUUCUACAACCUCAUCGAUGUCUAUCUGGAUGCAGUCUUCCAUCCCCGUGCCAUCAACGACCCCCGGGUGCUGGCCCAGGAAGGACUGAAAGGUCAGAUCGUAAUCAUGAUAAUGGCCGCCGUAGACUCAGUGGUGGAACACCAAUGA